GCGUUUGGCCGUGUGCAGGACGAGGAGGACGCAGCCGGGGCGCGCUCGAUAUCGUAUAUUAUUAUUGUAUAUCGCAUUUGUACGUCGACGAUUUUCCACGCGCGCGCGCCACAAAGCGUUUAUAUAGAUCCUUUGAACGGCGGGUCGCACCCUCAGUCGUUCCUAGUACGCGGCUUGACGUGUAGCGGCGGACAUAUACGUAGGUACCUACCCACACCGUCGAUCUUAGGUAUUUUUGAGAGAUUGAGAGCGAGCGAGUGACGAACAUCACACGGCGCAUCACGAUAUUAUACUCGGCCUGGUCGACAGCGUUCCUGAGACCGAUAACAUUGUACGUGGUCACGACGUCCAUUAACUUACUGUCCGUGGAAUAGAUUAUGACCGAAAAACAAAUGGUGAAAGACGCGGAAAAACAGGCGCCCACGCCUCAAAACCAGAGCCUCAAUGGAAGACUGUUGUUUGCCAUCAUAGCUUCGGCUUUCGGUUCGGCAUUCCAACAUGGGUACAACACUGGCGUGGUGAACGCUCCACAAGCGCUGAUCGAAAAAUGGAUUAGCGGUGUGAUAUCCAACAGAAACGACGGCAAGCCAACGGAUCAAACGCAAGUGACAUUGAUAUGGGCCGUUGCGGUGUCGAUAUUCUGUGUCGGCGGUAUGGUCGGCGGUUUGAGUACCGGCUUCGUGGCCGAGAAGUUUGGUCGCAAGGGUGGUUUGCUGGUGUCCAACGCACUGGUCAUCCUGUCGGCUGCACUCCAAGGCGUCUCAAAGAUGUACUCGUCGUAUGAACUAAUCAUCAUCGGACGAUUUAUCAUCGGUAUCAACUCCGGACUUAACGCUGGAUUGACCCCAAUGUAUCUGGCCGAGAUCUCUCCCAUGAAUUUACGUGGAUCCGUCGGAACCGUUUACCAACUGGUCGUUACCAUUUCGAUUUUGAUUUCCCAAAUAUUGGGUUUGGACUACAUUCUGGGUACAGCUGAGCUUUGGCCCAUACUAUUGGCCUUAAUUAUCGUGCCAGCCAUAUUCAUGUUCGUCACGUUGCCUUUCUGCCCGGAAUCGCCAAAGUACACACUCAUCAAUAAGAAGAAAGACAUCGAAGCCGAGAGAGGACUGCAGUGGCUGAGAGGAACAAUCGAAGUGCACGACGAAAUGGAUGAAAUGAGAGCCGAAAACGAAGCGAUGAAGGUCAUCCCACGAGUAACUCUUCGUGAGAUGUUGUCGAAUCCGAUGUUGAAAACUCCUCUUGGAAUUUCUGUGAUGAUCAUGUUGUGUCAACAAUUAUCCGGUAUCAACGCUGUCAUGUUCUUCUCCACGAAAAUCUUUAAUAUGGCUGGGAUGAGCAAUGAUGGAGCCAAAUACGCCACGCUCGGUAUGGGUUCACUCAACGUGUUAAUGACGCUGAUCUCUCUGUUUUUGGUCGAACUCACCGGCCGCAAGACUCUGUUGAUGAUUGGAUUCUCUUCCAUGUUCGUCGUCACCGUUAUGCUUACCAUCGCUCUGAUGUUUGUGAAUGCCAGCUCCAUUGUGUCCGGCUUGGCCGUGGUACUCGUCAUGGCUUUCGUCAUCGCGUUCGCCGUCGGUCCUGGAUCCAUCCCGUGGUUCUUAGUGUCCGAACUGUUCAACUCGUCUGCCCGACCAUUGGCCACCAGCAUAGCCGUCGGAGUCAACUGGACUGCCAAUUUUGUGGUUGGCCUGGGUUUCCUACCGCUGCAGGAAAUGUUGCAGUCAAACGUGUUCCUCAUAUUCGUCGUGUUGCUCGCGCUAUUCGUGUUGUACGUGUACAAAAAAGUUCCAGAAACCAAGAACAAAACAUUGGAAGAGAUUCAAAUGGGUUUCAGACAGGAAUCGUACAAAUAAUCAGGCGUGCCCUGUAUUACAUAAUAGUAAUAAUAAUAAUACUAUGACACCUCCACCGAGAAAAAGAUUCCUCAGCCAGAAGCUAUAUAUAAUACAAAUACAUAUAUUAUAUAUAUAUUAUAUACGAGUACCUUUUUCAUAACAAUAUAAAAAUAUUU